AUGCGGGACUUCGCGUGUCUCCCAAGCACUGGGACCACCAGGGGCGUGGACUACUUCCAAAGCAUGGGACGGAUCACGCUGAAGUAUGUUCUCCGCGAGGCUUCACUGUGUGCGGCAGACCUCUGCGUGGAGCUGUCCAGCUGGGAGCUAAAGGUGAAGGCUGUGGGAAGACAGGAUCUGGACAGCCUCCUGGCCCCUCUCAACGGCACGCUGUAUGGAGACGUUAGGCGAGACCUCUCAUGGUGGACCUUGGAGAUGCAGGAGGAUGGAAGCAAUGUCUUCAAAUUGGAGCUGGCCAAGCGCGAUCACAAGGCUCUGCACCUGGCUAUUGAAACCUGUGCCUGGGUUUGUCAAAGGAGCCACUUCGGUUGGACUCCUACAGCUCGUACGCCGGUUAAGAAGGCGGAAGACAUGCUGGUCAAGGUCAAGCCUGGCUGGCUGCCAAGAAAGCAGGAAGCUUUCGUGGCUCGUCGGGAAGAUCUGUGCUGUUCGUUGGAAGAUGGUCAGGACGACAAAACCGCGGUUUUCCGAAUCCAUUUGGACAAGGCAGCCCUGGAGAAGGCAUGUGAGGUCACCUGCCUCGCGGAUUUGUUUGGAGUGGAUGUCAUGGAGCAGUACCUGAAAGUGUUCAUCAGAGGAGAUGACAAAUCCCCGAUUCUGAUGGGGAAGCUCUUCGACAAGAUUAUUCCUGACAAAACCCGAUGGGACAUCAUUAAGGCAGCAGCUCCGGCCGAAGCUGAGGAGCAAGUGAAGAAGUCCGGGCAGUACAACACGUGCUUGCAGGUGACGCUCACGAAGGCAAAGCCUUCGAAGAAGCACUGGCCGCAGCUGCUGGAGGAGAACGAGCUUGUCCUCCAGAGAGAAGCGGCGCCUCAGAUUCAGGACUUACACUCGAAGGCGCUUCGAGCAGCAUCGCCGGACCGCAGCGGCUGGUUGCCCGAGGAGCUCGCGCGAGACUUCAAGAACAAGGCCGAUGGAUGCUUCAGAAGUUCAUCCUGGCGUGAUGCAGCCGUAUACUACACUCGAGCCUUGAAUCAGACGCCCGACGAAGAGAAGCUUUUCUCAAACCGAUCGGCAUGCUAUGUGAAGCUCAAGAAGUUUGACAAGGCUUUAGCAGAUGCCAAGACCUGCGUAUCACUGAAGCCGGAAUGGCCCAAGGCUUACUUCAGGCUUGGCCAGGCUCACCGAGGCCUCAAGCAGUGGGAGGAAGCCAUCGAUGCCUUCAGGGAAGGUCGUUUCAGGGAGCCGUCGAAUCAGGAGUGGGCCAGGGAAAUCGAGAAGACGGAGGAGCAACAGGCAAAAUGGGAUGCUCAAGCCGCGGAGCAGAGAAAGCUGAAAAGGGAAGCAGACAUGGUCACGGAACUCAAUGAGGCUACCGUGGUGGCGGAAAGGGAAGCCAUGGUCGCCGUUGCUGAGCAGGCGCUACAUGAUGCUGAUGCACGGCCGCUGAAUGCGGCCACGUUUGAACACGAGGGUGCACCUGUCAAGGCCAUCUGGCCGCUUCUUUCUACCGUUCCGCAGAAGGCUGGUGGCGCGGCCGAUGUGCAGAAAUGCGUGCCUACUUCGUCCGAGAAGGCGGCACUCUCCAAGACCAAGACCGAAUCAGGAGUGAUCUUAUCAACCGAGGAGAUUAAAGUGACCGCCGGUCCUGCAAAUGGAGAGGUCAAGAUUUCGGUGCCUCGCUUCCUUGGCCAAAAGGGCAAGAACAAGCUUGGUGCACCUCCUGGUCUUGAGAGCGGCCGCAGCAAACCUCCUGGAAUUCAUUUUGCCCCGCCCCCCGGCUUGAGCCGCCAGCCAAUGAAGGUUACAGAACCAGAUAUCAGUAGUUCGCUGUCAGGCCUACCUCCGCCACCGUUCCCAUCCCCAGAAUCCGCCAGCAACUCCUCUUCUGAAGACGAGAUCCAGCACUUGCCAGACAAGGAGGCUGGACUCAGUGACGGCGACAACAGUACUGCUGACGAUGAGCAGCAGGCGCAGGCAGAUACUGACAUUUGCAAGCCGCUCCCCACGCUCCUGGGCUCGACCCCGCUUCCGUCUCUGCUUGGCUCUGCACCUCUCUAUGGAAAGUCGAUCAUCGAGAAAUUCACCACUGCAUCCAAGGCCGACAAGAUGGAGCCAGCUCGCGACGAGGACUUGGAAGACAAACUUCGGAGCCAGAGGGGAAGACGACGCGACGUCGUCGUAGGAGCGGGAGAAAAAGCGGCCGAGCCACUUCGUUCGCCUUCGCCUUUUCUUUUGCCAAAUCCAAAUCUCCGCCGAGUUGUGAAGGGAGUGGAGCCCUUGCAGUGUCGCCUUGUGCAGGCUUUGCAGGCGGGAAAGAGCCGCAAGGAAGCUGGCGAGCUUGCACUCAAGGCAGGUUGGGGUGGUCGCGAUGUCUUGCUGCGAACCUUUCGGCGGCCCGAGGAUAUGCUGAAUUUAGAGUCAGAUACGAUGGAUGCGCGUCGAUUGGAGAAUGCUGUAUGGAGACUGUACCAAAAAGAAAGGUCAAUGUCGGAUCUCGCCUCUCUCGCAGAAGAUCAGGAUGACGAGCAGGACGUGGAGACGCUCAUGCGGAAGAAGGCGCAGAGCACUAUCGGAGACAAGCUGAACUUCACAGAUGUGCGGUUUGACUUGAGCGAGCGGCAGGGUGACUACGACGACCUGCCGACGUUCCCGAUCAGACCAAACUUUGCAGGCUUCAAGAACGAGCUUCAGCCUGCAUCGCAGUGUGUCGUUUUUGAUGGAUGUCCUGAGGACCCUUACCAUCCAUCCAAUACCCCCAUCUACCAGACGGCCACCUUUGUGCAGCCGUCCUCGAGUGAGUUUGGACCUUACGACUACUCCCGCUCGGGCAAUCCCACAAGGACUGCGUUGGAGAAGCAUGUCGCGAUGCUGGAACAGGCAGCGGCUGCGUUUGCCUUUGCGUCUGGUAUGGCCGCACUACACACAGUGACCCGCCUGCUAAAGUACGGAGACCAGGUGAUUGCAAACGAGGACAUCUAUGGUGGCAUGCACAGGCUCCUGACACAGGACUGCACACACAGUGGCAUCGAUGUCAAGUUCGUGGACACGACAGACCUCAAUGCCCUCAGCCAGGCCAUCACUCCGAAGACUCGCCUCAUUCACCUGGAAAGCCCGUCGAAUCCCAGGAUGCGCAUCACAGACAUCAGAGGCGUUUGUGCUAUUGCGCACAAGCAUGGGAUUCUUGUCAGCGUGGACAGCACCAUGAUGCCGCCAGUGAUUUGCAAGCCACUCACCCUGGGCGUCGACAUCGUGGUGCACUCUGCCACCAAGUUCUUCUCUGGCCAUGCCGACUGCACUGGCGGGCUAGUCUGCGUCCGCCAUCCUGAGCUCGCUCAUCGCGUGGCUUUCCUGCAGAAUGCCGAAGGCACGGCCCUGGCUCCUUUUGAGUGCUUCCUUUUUCUACGUGGCAUCAAGACCAUGUUCUUGCGAGUAGAGCGCGCGCAGCAAAAUGCACGCCGAGUCGUCAACUUUUUGCUUAGGAACAAGCACAUCAACCAGGUGUUUUUCCCUGGCCCCGGGGGAUGCGAUCCCACCAGCUUGGCCAUUCAUUGGUCCCAAAGCAAGGGCAGUGGAUCAGUGAUCAGUUUGACCACAGGAUCAGUCGAGUUUUCUCGGCGCCUAGUAGAUGCUUGCAAGAUUUUCAAGACCACAGUGUCUUUCGGCAGUGUCAACAGUCUUCUCGAAAUGCCGUGCACGAUGAGCCAUGCCUCUAUUCCAGCUGAGAAGAGGACAUUGGCUGAUGACCUCAUCAGGAUUUCGAUUGGUAUCGAGGAUCCACAGGAUCUCAUCGCGGAUCUGGACCAAGCUAUCAAGGUUGCUGCCGGAGAGCUUUGCUCGAGCCCUCACGGAGGUUUUGACAGCCAGUUCCAGGACCUACCCAUUGUGCCCCACAUCCUGGAGGCAAAGGGCCACCAGGAAGAUGAAGUCUCGACGAGGGCUCCGUCUGCACUCAAAGCGAUGUCCUCCCCAGGCGAAUCUGAUGCUGGCGCUGCGGAGGAGGAAAACAAGGAGCUGCAAAACACUUCCAGCUUCCUUGACGUGUCCUUCUCGAUUACCUGCGCAGCAUUCGCAGUCUGUGCGCUGAUGAUUGCGCAGCUGCGAAAGUGA